UCUCCCUCUCUCUCCUCCUCCCAGUUCCUCCAGAGGCCAUUGGCUUCCUGUCAGCUGUUGGCGUCUUCAUCGUGGCGUUGGCCGUCCUCUUCCUCUUCAUCAACAAAAAACUGUGUUUCUCUCGCGUCGGGGGAAUGCCCUGUCUGGAACAACAUGGCCGCCGGAAGAAAGGUCGAGUGGGGAUCCGCCAGGGGCUCGUGAACAGUUAUGGUGAGGAUGAUGAAGAUGAAGGCAGCAGCUCUUCUGACAGUGAAGAGGAGGUCCUGAAGCAGUUUGAGAUCUCUGUCUCUCGGUCUCAGAGUUUUCGAGCUCCUGCAGCAACAAACAGCAGCGAACAACAACAACAACAACAACAACAACAACAAACCCAGCUGUCAGUCAGCCGUCGACACAAAUUCAGCCGACUGUCGGACCAGGAGGAAGGAAGCACGGAGCCGUCAGACUGCGAAGAGAUGGAGGCAAAGAGCCAGCAUCAGGGUUUCCAGGACCCUCUCUCUGCAGCGCUGGAAGACACUGAGAGAGCGACGACUUCUUCUUCUCUGGACAAACCUUCAACCGUCAGGGAAUCAGCAGCCAGAGAGAGUCUCAAACUGAGCAUGAACCGGCAGGCGGCCGACGGCAGCGAGGACACGGAGAAGGCAGCAGAUAGCGUCAAAAACGAUGUCACAGACAGCUCCACCACCUGGAGCCCAGAGCCUCCCCAGGAUGAGCCCACGUCUGAGCCGCUGAGCUCUUCCUCUCGACCCCCCAUCUCUAAAUGUGGAGAUCUGGUUCUCUCUCUGGAGUAUCGUGCGGACACGGAGAAGCUUCUGGUUUCUGUGAUCGCUGCCCGGGAUAUUCCAGAUAAAGCUCGCAGCGGCAUGGACUCCUGGCAGGUGCACAUGGUGCUUCUUCCCUCAAAGAAGCAGCGCCACAAGACCACGGUGCAGAAAGGAUCUCUGCCUCAUUUCAACGAGACGUUUCGCUUCUCGCGCCUCGAUGCCUCCGAGAUGCAGAUGUCGGCCAUCAGAUUCAGGCUUUAUGCACUCGGAGCUUCCAGGAUGUCCCGCGAGAAGAUGAUGGGGGAGAAGGUGCUUCGUUUGGGGGGGAUGGAUCCAAACGGAGGGACGAUGGAAACAACGCUGAUAAUGGAGCCUCGCAGCAACCUCAAGAGUUUGGACUCCCAGCUGAGUCUCUCUGCAGUUUCUCAGAGCGACAGCGCCUCUUCCACUCAGUCUCUGACGCACGGAGGCGUCCCCGAGCUGCUUGUCGGUCUCACUUACAACGCCACCACGGGACGAAUGUCUGUGGAACUCAUCAAGGGCAGCCACUUCAGAAACCUGGCCAUCAACAGACCCCCAGACACCUAUGGACGUCUGACCCUUCUGAACUCGGUGGGUCAGGAGAUUUCUCGCUGUAAAACGUCGGUGCGUCGCGGACAGCCCAACCCCGUCUACAAGGAGACUUUCGUCUUCCAGGUGGCGUUGUUCCAGCUGUCGGACGUCACCCUGCUGGUCUCCAUCUAUAACCGACGCAGCAUGAAGCGCAAAGAGAUGGUGGGAUGGAUCGCUUUGGGUCAGAACAGCAGCGGAGAGGAGGAGCAGAUCCACUGGCAGGAUAUGAAGGAGAGUCGAGGACAGCAAGUCUGCCGCUGGCACGUCUUAUUGGAGGCGUAAAAUAAAGGGAGUUUACCAUACCAUAUACUUUAUCGUCCCCUUAAGGACAUUUGUUCUGGACUCUUACAAACACAAACACAUUGAAAUACAUACAUCACUCAUGCACCGUUUGAUCAACACAAUACACUGACAAUGGAGACCUGUUGCACAACCCUCAUGGCCAACAUUUAAAAGUAUAUUACAUUACAUGUGAGUGUUGAGAAGCAUAAUGGACAGGAAUGAGUGCUUCAGGAAGAUAUUUUCUUUGCCCAAUGUUCUUAAAAUCUGGUUAAAAUGUGCACAAUAUCUUGAUACAAACCCGUACUUGCUUCAGUGUUACCACUAAAGGAUCACGUGACCAUCAAAUUCUGAGCGUGGAAACACGAGGGGGUAGAAGUGAAGAUGUUUUGUGAUUCGAGUGGAGGAGGAAGGAGGCGUCUCAUUCACAUUCUCCGUAAACAAGCCAAUGAUUGACCCAUCUAUUGCCAAUCGCAAAAUGUGGUUAAAUCACAUGGACUAAUAAUCACAUGAGAGUAGUGGGUAGACAUGUCCACAUUUUGGCCUUUUCUUUGUCGAUUUUCAUAAGAAUUGGUGCUCAUACGCACAAAAUGAUGAUGAAGCCUCACUAGCAUCAGUGUUACCACUAAAGGAUCACGUGACCAUCAAAUUCUGAGCGUGGAAACUCAAGAGGGGGUAGAAGUGAAGAGGUUUUGUGAUUCGAGUGGAGGAGGAAGGAGGCGUCUCAUUCACAUUCAGCACUCAUUCAUAUUCUCUCGACACGUGCAUUUUACUACAGGCAGGAAGUAGCAGCAGCUGGAGACUCUUAACCCCCGUCACAACGAGAAGUAUCUCUUCCCCUGUCAACACUGAAUUAUGUUAUUUGGCCUCCUUCAAAGGGCAAUAGCUCAUUCAAAGCUCAUUUCCACGCUCAUUUCAACACCCAUCAACGCUGAGCUGAAAAGAGGCUUUAAAAAUAUCUCUCUGCAGCUGUACCGUGUGUGUGUGUGUGUGUGUGUGUGUGUGUGUGUGUGUGUGUGUGUGUGUGUGUGUGUG